AUGGCUGAUCCUUUUCUAUAUAAUACUGGAGAAAGGUCUCACUAUGGGUGCCUUGGCCAUGAAGUGCAAAUUGACUACCUUAAGGCAUAUGUUUGUAGACCAUCUUUUUCCACGGACAAAGCUGUGAUUGUGGUUCAUGAUGUAUUUGGAUGGCAGUUCCCAGACAUUAGAUACAUAGUGGAUUUGAUAGCAGGUCAUGGAUAUAUAACCAUCUGCCCAGACUUCUUCAAGGGGACAAAACCCUGGACAUCUACUGAUCACUGGGCUGACUUUCCUGACUGGUUGAAAAAUCAUGAUCCUAUGAAAGUAGACAAGGAAGCUGAUGUUGUCUUGAAGUAUCUAAAGGAACAAUGCGGUGCAAAGAAGAUUGGUAUCGUUGGGUUUUCCUGGGGUGGAAUGGCAGUACAUCACUUGAUGCUGAAAAAUCCUCAAUUAGCCGCUGGGGUGUCCCUCUAUGGAAUAGUUAGAGACUCUGAAGAAAGAUACAGUUUACUAAGUCCCACAUUUUUCAUUUUUGGUGAGAAAGACCACACUAUUUCUUUGGAUCAGAUCUUCUUAUUGGAGGACAAGCUGAAACAGUAUUGUAAAGUUCCAUAUAAAAUUAAAGUUUAUCCUGGGCAAGUUCAUGGGUUUGCACAACUGAAGCCAGAAGAUAUGAAACCUGAUGAUAAACCUUACAUUGAAGAAGCUAGAAGGGAUAUGAUUGAUUGGAUCAAAAUGUUUGUUUGA